UUGUCUCAGGAAGCCAGCCUGCCAGCACCCGCCCGAGCUCCAGCCCAGCUAUGGCAUCCCCGCUGCCUGUCCGGACCUUGUCCUUGAUUCUGAUACUGCUGGCUGUCCUGGCCCCUGGGGCUGCAGGCAACUUCAACAUCUCAAGCCUCUCUGGUCUGCUGUCCCCGGCGCUGACAGAGAGCCUGCUAGUUGCCUUGCCCCCUUGUCACCUCACAGGAGGCAACGCCACACUGAUGGUCCGGAGAGCAAAUGACAGCAAAGUGGUGAAAUCUAGCUUUGUGGUGCCUCCAUGCCGCGGACGCAGGGAGCUGGUGAGCGUGGUGGACAGUGGGGCUGGUUUCACUGUCACCAGGCUAAGUGCAUACCAGGUGACAAACCUCGUGCCAGGAACCAAAUACUACAUUUCCUACCUAGUGAUCAAGGGGGCAUCCACUGAGUCCAGUAGAGAGAUCCCGAUGUCCACGCUUCCUCGAAGGAAGGCGGAAUCAAUUGGGCUGGGAAUGGCCCGGACAGGGGGCAUGGUGGUCAUCACCGUGCUGCUCUCUGUCGCCAUGUUCCUGCUGGUGCUGGGCUUCAUCAUCGCCCUGGCACUGGGCGCCCGGAAGUGAGGAGGGCUGCCCUGGGCAGUGGGCUCUUCCAGGAAAUCCAAGGCACCGUCCAUUUCCCCAGCCUAGGGCUCUGCUGUUGCUCCUGCCUCCUCUCCUGAAAAGACUGCCUGCCCCCAGGCCACGGUCACCAGGCUCUGGCUCCUUCAGUGUCUUCACGUCCCCCUCAACCCAGCCCCUGCCCCCAUUCCACUACAGCCCUUUCUUCCCUCUGUCCCUCCCCUUGCCCUCUAAGGCCUCACUUUGGCCCAGAACUCAUUUUUCCCCUACCCCACUCCUGUCAGAAUUGGUUUUCCUCCCAUUUUGCCUCUUUAACCAUCCCCCUCAACAAGAAUUCACCCCGGUGAACUUCGUCCCUACAAUAAAGUCUG